AUGCCAGUCACCCUCCUCGAGAGGCCGAAUCCAUCUGAGGUGGCGAGGACGGACUAUAGAUUCAUUGCCUCUGCGUCUAGCUCUUCACUCAAGCCGGACUCGAAAGUAAAUCUCACAGAUCCAGUAUUCCGAGGUAUACAUCGGGGCAAAAGAAAGCAUGAUGAUGAUUUCGAUGCUAUGAUGGAACGAAGCAAGGCGGCGGGGGUCAAGAGCAUGAUCAUCACUGGUGGAAGCCUCCAGGAAUCGCGGGAGGCCCUCGAGCUUGCAGAGGCAUCGGGUAUGUGGGCUACGGUGGGAUGCCAUCCUACGCGAUCGACUGAGUUUGACAAGGCAGAAGAUGGGCCUGAAGGAUACAUUCGUGCUUUAGGUCAGUUGGUGGAAGACAACAUCAAAGGGAAAGGUCGCGCUGUCGCGAUCGGUGAAUGUGGACUUGAUUACGACCGUACCCACUUCGCUGUUCCAGAAGUACAAAGAUACAUUUCCGCGAGCUCUCAGCUUGGCCUCGCAAGGAAAUACCAUCUUCCUCUAUUCCUUCACUCACGCGCCGCACACGCUGACCUAGUGUCCAUCCUUCGCGAAGAGGGCUUUGGUGAAGAUGGUGGCAGAGCCGCCGGAGGCAAGGGAGGUGUAGUGCACAGUUUCACCGGCACAAUCGAUGAAGCGGUCGAGUUGAUGGAUAUGGGAUUUCACAUCAGCGUCAACGGAUGCGGGCUCAAAACGGAAGAUAACCUGAAAGCAGCAGCUGUCAUAACGCUAGAUAAAUUGAUGCUGGAAACUGACUCUCCCUGGUGUUCCUGCACAUCAACCCAUGCCUCAAAAUCACAUCUAGCUACCCUCCCUGCGUCCCUCCGCGCCCUGUAUUUUCCGCCGAGUGUGAAACCCGAGAGCUUCGUGCGUGGCAAAGCGGUGAAAGGACGGAACGAACCUACUGCUAUCGGUGGUAUUGCAUGGGUCAUGCAUAAACUGCUCAGUGUUCCGUUUGAUGAAGUCGUGGAGAGGGCAUGGAAAAAUACAGUUGAUGUAUUCGGACUGGACGAUGUCGGAAUGGAAUGA